AUGAUGCAUCAUUGCAACGAAGUCCUCAACAUCAGCGCGAAGCUCAGCAGCAUCGGCGCCAAGAUGGAGGACGAGGACGUGGCGAUCUGCUUGUUGCGCAGCCUUCCCAAGAGCUACGAGAACGUCGUUCUCAACUUGGAGAUGAGCAGCGCGGAACUGCGAUCGCGAGACGUCGUGAGAGUGCUCACGAAUGAGCACAUCAAGAGGCAAGGUGACAAGACGACAUCGGUGAAGACUGAAGACGCGGCGAAGGCGUUCAGUACCGAGCGUGAACCUCGCCAGUGUACAUACUGCGGAAAAUUGGGGCACACGGCGGAGCGGUGCUGGACCAAGCAGAAGGACGAAAAUCAAGGUGGAGCUCGACGCGGCGGCAACAAUGCUCGUGGACGCGGAGCCAACAACGUUCAGUGGCGAACCAACAACAACAACAACGACGACAACUACGAUCGAGUUGCGUUCGCGGUUUCGCUGGAGGCUGGACUUUCGACGGGCAAGAAUAUGCCAGGGAUGUGGGCAGUCGACAGCGGUGCGACGCAUCACAUCUGCAACGACAAGGCCAAGUUUGCAAGUCUGAAUGAGCGAGAGGAAGGCGAACUAUCAGUGGCUGAUGGCAGCAAGGCUGCGAUCAAGGGUGUGGGAACCAUCAUGGAACGGGUGGUUCUGCCCAAUGGUGACGAACACGACAUCGAGAUCAAGGACGCACUGUUCGUACCAAGUAUGAGCAAGAAUCUGCUUUCGGUGCCACAGAUCAACAAGGGUGGCAGGUUCCAAGUCGUGUUCGAUGGAUCCAAGAUGCAAGUGAAGCGCAAGAAUUCCACACAAGUCGUGGCAACAGCGGAUCUCGUCGAUGGACUUUACUGGCUGCGGACUCCUCAACGAUCGGCAAAUGCAGCAACACGCAAUGGGACCAUCGACUUGCAUGCGCGCAUGGGUCAUGCACCCCUCGAAGUUCUGCGCAAGAUGGUGGCCACUGGCAUGAUCAAGGACGCCAAGGCACCUCUCAACUCGACUAGUCCAAGUGUGUGUCGCGGUUGCCAGCAAGGAAAGAUGGUCCAAAAACCAUUCCCAACCAACCGUGACAAACGCCAAUAUGGUGUGUUCGAGUUGCUGCACUUCGACAUCUUCGGGCCAAUGGAACAAGUCUCGAUCGGCGGCAGCAAAUACUUACUGCUUGUGGUUGACGAAGCUAGCGGUUGCAUGAAGGGCUUCUGUCUGCGGUCCAAGUCUGAGAGUGAAGACUGUAUCAAGAACCACAUCAUCAAGAUUCAAACUCAGUUCGGCACGAAGAUCAAGUUUGUUCGGCACGAUGGAGCGCAUGAGUUUGCGACCAACUCCUUCAAGACCUUCUACGAAGUGUUGUAA